ACGAUCGGUUCGUGUGUGUAGAGCAGGGGGGGGGGGGGAGGGGGAGAGAGAGAGAGCGAGAUGCUGCAGUGCAUUUUCCUUUUAUCGGACUCCGGGGAGGUAAUGCUUGAGAAACAAUUGACUGGACAUAAGGUGGACAGGUCCAUAUGUGCGUGGUUUUGGGAGCAAUCCAUCUCUCAAGGGGAAUUCGUCAAGCUUCCGCCGGUGAUUGCCUCGCCAACGCACUAUCUUUUCCAAAUUGUUCGCGAGGGUAUCACAUUCUUAGCAUGCACACAAGUUGAGAUGCCGCCUUUGAUGGGAAUUGAGUUCCUUUCUAGAGUAGCAGAUGUUCUCUCAGAUUAUCUUGGGGGAUUGAAUGAAGAUCUGAUCAAGGACAACUUUGUCAUUGUAUAUGAGCUUCUGGAUGAGAUGAUAGACAAUGGUUUUCCUCUCACAACAGAACUAAACAUUUUGAGGGAGAUGAUAGCUCCUCCAAAUUUUGUAAAUAAAGUUUUAAGUGUUGUAACUGGAAAUACUUCCAAUGUGAGCAACACCCUUCCAGGUGCAACGGCAUCUUGUGUUCCCUGGAGAACAGCUGACCUGAAGCAUGCAAGUAAUGAAGUUUAUGUUGAUCUUGUUGAAGAAAUAGAUGCAAUAAUAAGCAGGGAUGGGGCGCUGGUGAAAUGUGAUGUAUAUGGUGAAGUUCAAGUCAACUCUAGUCUGUCAGGUCUUCCAGAUUUGACUCUGUCCUUUGCAAAUCCUUCAGUUCUGAAUGAUGCAAGAUUCCAUCCUUGUGUUCGGUUUCGUCCAUGGGAGUCGCAUCAAAUCCUGUCAUUUGUUCCUCCUGAUGGGCAGUUUAAGCUUAUGACUUACAGGAUUAAGAAGUUGAAGAACACUCCAAUAUAUGUAAAACCGCAGCUAAGCUCCGAUGCUGGAACAUGUCGCAUCACUGUGUUAGUUGGAAUACGAAACGAUCCUGGAAAGACCAUUGACUCUUUAAUGGUUCAUUUUCAAUUGCCUCCUUGUGUUACUUCAGCGGAUCUUACGUCAAAUCAUGGAACAGUUAACAUUCUUGCUAACAAGACCUGUUCUUGGUCCAUUGGGCGUAUCCCCAAAGAUAAAGCCCCUUCCAUGUCUGGAACCCUGGUGCUCGAAGCAGGUUUGGAACGCUUGCACACGUUUCCUACAUUUAAAGUGGAUUUCAAAAUCAUGGGCGUUGCUCUAUCAGGUUUGCAAAUAGAUAAAUUAGACAUCAAGAACUUACCAAAUCGCCCCUAUAAAGGGUUCCGUGCUCUCACUCAAGCAGGAGAAUAUGAAGUGAGGUCAUAAGUUGUACUCAGCGAUGAGUUAUGGUGUGCUGUAUGUGUUGAUUAAAGCGUCGUGCUUUGACCGAGUAAAUUACUUUUUGUUUUUUGAUAUGCGAUUCGGUAAAUUACUUAUUCCAUCUCAAUAGAAAAGGUACUUUUGCACUCAUAAAACAAUUGUAAAAUCCUAUUUUCUACUC